GCCCGCCCGCUGGAGAGUGAGCUGCGCCCAGCCGCCCAGCCAGCCCGCCGUUCUCUGGCCGCCGUCCGGGCGCGCGCAGCGAGCGGGCGCGACUAUGCCAAGAUGGUCCUGCAGGCGCGGAACAAGCACCGGGAGGCGGCUCCCAAGCCGCCCCAGCCACCCCGCGCCUCACAGUCGCCGCUGAGGGGGGCGUCGGACAUCGGCGCCGGGGAGCCGGGGCCCGAGCGCGCGCCCCUGUCCCCGGGGCGCAAGGGCGCCGCGGGCAGGAAGGGGCCCCGCGCCGAGCCCGGCGCGCCGCCCGCCGGGGGCGGCCUUGGGGGGCGCCUGGCCGCCCGGCUGCGCUGGGCGCUGGGCCUGCGGCGCGCGGGGCGCGGCCGGACCUGGACCACGCUCCUGUUAGCUGUUUUUGCAGCAGUGUUGCACUGGAGCCAUAUAACACACCUCUUUGAAAAUGACCGUCAUUUUUCUCACCUCUCAACAUUGGAAAGGGAGAUGGCUUUUCGCACUGAAAUGGGACUAUAUUAUUCCUAUUUCAAGACUAUUGUGGAAGCACCCUCAUUUUUGAAUGGAGUAUGGAUGAUUAUGAAUGAUAAACUGACUGAAUACCCGCUUGUCAUUAAUACAUUAAAAAGAUUCAAUCUUUACCCUGAGGUAAUUUUGGCCAGUUGGUACCGGAUUUAUACCAAAAUAAUGGACUUGAUUGGUAUUCAAACCAAGAUAUGUUGGACGGUUACCAGAGGAGAAGGACUCAGUCCUAUUGAAAGCUGUGAAGGAUUGGGAGAUCCUGCUUGCUUUUAUGUUGCUGUAAUUUUUAUUUUAAAUGGACUAAUGAUGGCAUUAUUCUUCAUAUAUGGCACAUAUUUAAGUGGCAGCCGAUUAGGAGGCCUGGUUACAGUGUUGUGCUUCUUUUUCAAUCAUGGAGAGUGUACCCGUGUAAUGUGGACACCACCUCUCCGUGAAAGCUUCUCAUAUCCAUUUCUUGUUCUUCAGAUGUUGCUAGUGACUCAUAUUCUCAGGGCUACAAAACUUUAUAGAGGAAGCUUGAUUGCACUCUGCAUUUCCAAUGUAUUUUUCAUGCUUCCUUGGCAGUUUGCUCAGUUUGUACUUCUUACUCAGAUUGCAUCAUUAUUUGCAGUAUAUGUUGUCGGGUACAUUGAUAUAUGUAAAUUACGGAAGAUCAUUUAUAUACACAUGAUUUCUCUUGCACUUUGUUUUGUUUUGAUGUUUGGGAACUCAAUGUUAUUAACUUCUUAUUAUGCUUCUUCUUUGGUAAUUAUUUGGGGUAUUCUGGCAAUGAAACCACAUUUCCUGAAAAUAAAUGUAUCUGAACUUAGUUUAUGGGUUAUUCAAGGAUGUUUUUGGUUAUUUGGAACUGUCAUACUUAAAUACUUGACAUCUAAAAUUUUUGGUAUUGCAGAUGACGCUCAUAUUGGCAACUUACUGACAUCAAAAUUCUUUAGUUAUAAGGAUUUUGAUACUUUAUUGUAUACCUGUGCAGCGGAGUUUGACUUUAUGGAAAAAGAGACUCCACUGAGAUACACAAAGACAUUAUUGCUUCCAGUUGUUCUUGUAGUGUUUGUUGCUAUUGUUAGAAAGAUUAUUAGUGAUAUGUGGGGUGUCUUAGCUAAACAACAGACACAUGUAAGAAAACACCAGUUUGAUCAUGGAGAGCUGGUUUACCAUGCAUUGCAAUUGUUAGCAUAUACAGCCCUUGGUAUUUUAAUUAUGAGACUAAAACUCUUCUUGACACCACACAUGUGUGUUAUGGCAUCACUGAUCUGCUCAAGACAGCUAUUUGGAUGGCUCUUUUGCAAAGUACAUCCUGGUGCUGUUGUGUUUGCUGUAUUAGCAGCAAUGUCAAUACAAGGUUCAGCAAAUCUGCAAACCCAGUGGAAUAUUGUAGGGGAGUUCAGCAAUUUGCCCCAAGAAGAACUUAUAGAAUGGAUCAAAUAUAGUACUAAACCAGAUGCAGUGUUUGCGGGUGCCAUGCCCACGAUGGCAAGUGUUAAGCUCUCUGCACUUCGGCCCAUUGUGAAUCAUCCACAUUAUGAAGACGCAGGCUUGAGAGCCAGAACGAAAAUAGUAUACUCAAUGUAUAGUCGGAAAGCAGCCGAAGAAGUGAAGCGAGAACUGAUAAAGUUAAAAGUGAACUAUUACAUUCUAGAAGAGUCAUGGUGUGUAAGAAGAUCCAACACCUGGAUAUAUGUAUCUACAGGUCUGUUUCUUUCCUUAUAGUCACCUUUGCUGCAUUGACCUUGUCCUAAGGCCUGGUUGCAGUAUGCCUGAAAUUUGGGAUGUAGAAGAUCCUGCCAAUGCUGGGAAAACUCCCUUAUGUAACCUCUUGGUGAAGGAUUCCAAACCUCACUUCACCACUGUAUUCCAGAACAGUGUUUACAAAGUCCUAGAAGUUGUAAAAGAAUGACUGCUACAUGACCUGCUGCCUACGGAGAACUACAUCUGUAAUGGUUUUAAUGUUUUGCUAAGUCAUGUGUUGUUCAUAUCCCAAAAACUUUUAUAGGUAACUGUUUUCAAAUAGAAAACGUUUUAUUUGGUCAAUUUGAAUGUCAUUCUAAUUAUAAAAAUGACUUACACCUUUAUCAAUUGGUUACUAUUUCAGUGCACCCUUUAAAAUUUGCUAUGCAAAUGAGUAUAUGCUUGUACUUGACUUUAAUAUUUGUGCUAAAGUGAGCAAAGCUACCUGUAUAAAGAAAACACAGUGGGUUGUGACAAGGAUGACAUGAAAAUACAGGACAAUUCUGACAAUGUAGGGGCUGAUUUUAUAGUGUAAGAACUAUUAAUGCCCCUUGCUUCUUUUUUCUGCCUCUUGCUCUUGUCUUUUGGACAUUUCAGUAAUUGUAAGUUCUUCGGUCAUGUCAGCCCCUGUCAUCAACUUGAGUUACAGUAGAUGGGGCAGACAUGGAGUGUUUGCUAUAUAGAACUAUCUGUUUGUUUUACUUCCUUGUGCGCUUUUUGUUCUCUGUUCUUUUGUUAAUGAAGCUUUUCCUGCCCAUUAUUAAUCCAAACUCUUGGACCUUUUGGUUAGGAAAUUCCCUUAACUUCCAGCCAUAUGGCAUUAUCGUGUCUCUUUCUCUCUCUCUCUUGCUCUCUCUCUUCUCCUCUUCCCCAUAUUUUCUGUCAAAUAAGUACUGUUUACUCAUUUAGUUGCUUAUCAAGUACUUAUUCUUGGUUUUAAAAAAAUUAAUGGUAACUGUAUUUUUCUCAUUUUUUAGCAUUAUUCAAAUGUUUAUAUUUUAAUACCUUUAAACCACUUUAAAAUUUUUUCAUGUUUAAUUAUAGUUUUAAGAAAAACUAUUUUGAACAACCCCAAAUAUAGUGCAUCUAGAAACUAAUGUAUAUUUGAUUAGACAUCAUUUAUAGUGGAACAGUAGACUGUAGUACAUGGUAAUUUUUCUUUUACUAUUAAGAUACAAUAAAACAUGACUAAUUUUGCUGUCAAAAAUGUAAAGAAUAAUGAUAAAUGGAGUUUUUAUAUUUUACUUUUAAGAUUGCCUGUCUUUAAUAAGACAAAGCCUUAAGCCUUAUGUUAUAAUUUUGGUUCUAAAAACCAUCAUUUCAGUAUGAGGAAUGAGUAUAUUUCGUCCUCCUCUUUAGUUUUCUUCUUCCUAUUUAUUUUUAUUUUGAAAAAUUUCUACACCUUCUUUGAAUUCCUUGUAUGAAUUUUUGUUUCUUAGAAGUUAAUUUGUGUGAAAUGAGAUUCUUCAAAACGAUGAAACCUCAUAGCUCUGAGAAAAGGUUUUAGGGUUUUAAAUUCUAAGCAAAGCGUGACUAUGGCUGACUGACUACACAUUUAAUUAUACAGCUUCUCUUUCUUAACCACAGGCAGAUUAACCUCAUUGUGGAUUGUCCUUCAGACCUUAGUUCUCAGGCAUGGUUUCUGGUGCCCACUCCUGGAAGCCGCUGUUCCCUUUCUACCUUCUUACCAGAGCCCAAGGGCAGGCCUGGUCCCGGGGAAGCAGCAGCUUGCUGACAUAAGUCAGCUGCAAAGGCUGAGGAGUGUGCCCUCAGAGAAGCACCACCCCCCAGUCUUGCGCCAGCGCCUAGAGCCACAGCUCGCAGGGAUGCUCCUUCCCUGGAGGCAGCCCAGGAGAGGGACUCUGGCAGCGUUCUUCAGAUUUGUGGCCACUGUUUCUCAUUUGCUGGUUGACUGUUUUUAUUUCUUAGGCUUUUGCUAGUUUUAGAAAAUAGGGAAGCAGCUCCUGAUUUGUGGAUUAAAAGCAACAUUUGAGCGAUGAUGCACAACAGUCCAGGAAAAUGGGCGGUGGACACUUGAGGCUGAGGAUGGGAGUUGACAUGAGCAGGGAGAGGGAGGUGCGCGCUGCUUAUCUGUGAUUGUUGCUCACCUGAGUGUGGCUGAUUGUGUACAUCCAGCAGUUACACAAUUUUUAAAAAUUAUACUUUUACAUUUAUUUUAUAUUUUUCUCACCCCCAGUAAUUUCCUUCCAAAGAAGUUCACAUGUAAUAAGUAGAAAUUCUGUAUAGGAAAAAAGCAUUAAAAAUACUAUUAUAACUGCUUCAUUUGCUGGGAACCAUUAAAAGUAGUAUAAAUUAGCUUUUUCCAGAAGGAUCCUUUUGUAGCAGUGUUUAUGAAUGUAACCCCCAGCAAAAUAUGGCUAUAUAUUAGGGGAGCCAGUUUGGAGCAGAGGCCUGAAGGUCCCUGCUAUGCAGCCGUGGCCACAGCUCGCAGCCCAAGCACUGUGGAGCAUCCGCACCUUUGAUGGCAAUGCAGAUUGGUAGCAGGUUCCAUAGGCGUACAAAACAGUAUUAAAGCUCAGUGUUUUGCAUAUUGUUAGCAUUUACAAAUAUUUUUGCUUUAGUAUGAGGAAAGUAAGGAUGGGCAAAGAGGCGAUCAAAAUAGCUAUUGCUACAACAUUUUCGAAAACAAAGUUGGGGCUGUAUUUCUUUAAAAAGAUAAGCCUCUAAAAAUGCUUGGCAAAAAAAAUAUAGUGUUAAAAUAGGCCAGUGAUAUUAAUGAGAAAAUGAAAGUAUGUAUCAGGAAUAAAGUGAUAUUGCAUAGGAGUAUUGUAUUUUUAUGAAUUUUAUGCCAGUUGUUUACAUGUACUAUAUAUGUUAAAUUAAAAAAAAAUCAUGAGAAAUGA